UGAAGAAGCAGCAGAAGAAGAAGACAGGGGCGGAGGAAGAGGAGGAGGAGGAGGAGGAGGAGGAGAGGAAGCAGAAGAAGAAGAAAAAGGAGGAGGAGCAGCAGCAGCAUUUUGUGUUGAAAUGCCAAACCGGAAAUGCUUUUCUCUCCCAUGGUAGUUGACACUAGUGCAAUUCCUGCUGCGGAGGAUUUUCACGAUGGCACCCUCUGCAUUGAUGGCCUUGGUGCUGCUGCUCCUUCAGUUUGGCUGGGGAGAAAGCUCUCACAAAUAUCUCCAUGAAGAUCAUUAUAUUGGCCAACAGCACAACUCUGAACAUGACAUGCAUGUCCUGCUGGGAGAUCAGGACACAGAAGAGUUAAAGAAACUUAGUCCAGCAGAACAGAGGAAAAAGAUGAUGGAGAUUGUAAAGAAAAUUGAUACAAAUGCUGACAAUCUGCUGAGUACAGAGGAGAUCACGCUUUGGAUUCAACGUGUUUACAGAACCUAUGCUCUGGAUGAUGUGGAGGAGCGGUUUCCUGAGUUCGACACAAACAAAGAUGGUCUUGUAUCAUGGGAGGAGUACAACAUGGUCACACAUGACCAGCUCAUUAGUUUAGAUGAAAACACCAACCUGGACGAUCCAGAGCAAGAGUCUCUCAGAUUUCUCCGCCUGAAGGAGAGGAGGCGCUUCGAUGUUGCUGACAUGGACGGCACACCGGGCCUCAAUGUAACAGAGUUUCUCGCCUUCACCCACCCAUCUGAAGUGGAUCACAUGGCUGAUUUUGCCAUUGAAGAUGUAUUGAGUGAAUAUGACUCAGAUAAAGAUGGAUCCAUCAGUCUGAGUGAAUUUAUUGGAGAUGUUCGUGGUGAUGAAGACACCCCUUCUCAGUGGGAGAUUGAAGAAACAGUGCGGUUUAAAGAACUCUAUGAUCAAGAUAAGGAUGGCAAGUUGAAUCGAGAGGAGCAGCUCCGUUGGAUUGCACCUAACAGCUAUGGUUCAGCAAGAGAAGAGGCUCUUCACCUCAUCAAGGAAAUGGACCAAGAUGGUGAUGGGCACGUCUCAGAGGCUGAAGUUUUGAAAAAUCAAGACAUGUUCAUGAACAGUGAAGUGACAGACUAUGGCAGACAGCUGCAUAUAUCACAUGAUGAAUUAUAACUAUGUGCUCAAGUUUAGAGUUUUCUUAUUUGUUUUUACAUGACGAUGUAAUGAAGUUUUUUUCCUUGGAAGACAUUAGUCAUGAGAUGUACGUCAUUCCCUGAAGAGUGUUGACUGUAUCUGUCAGAAAAAAUGUUGCAAUAGAAAAUGACAGGGUGCAAAAUAACAAGAACACAUCCAUAAUACAUCCUCAAAAGCUACACUUUAUAAAAUACAGAAGAGGAUUAGGGCCACAUGUGAAAAUUGGAUCUGAUUUCUGAGAUUAAAGUCAGAAUUCUCACUGCAUCCAAAGUCACAUACUUGGGACUACAUACUUAAUAUGUGUACUAUCGUUCAACAUACUUUAAAAAUAACAGCAAUAUGAAUGUUUUUGGACAUGCUAUGUUUUAAAUAUCACGUCACUUCCUGAGAGCCUCCUUGCUCAUUUGAGAAGGUUUCAGACAAAGUCUGAACUAAUCUGAAAAAUAUAUAUCGAUGAGCAAAUUAAAACCCUACUUGAAUUGAAACGUUAUUGAUGUUGUUCCAAAGCUGCCUUGGUCGCUGUCCGACAUUGUUAUGUUAUUGUUGUUGUUACAACUGUAUUGUAUUAUAAGAUAUUUAUGCCAGUGUAGUGUCCAGUUCUUAUGCAGUCAUGGAUUAUUGGCUUCACAGUUUUGGACAUACAAAAAAAUCUCACAUACUGUCUCAGCAUACUAAAUAGGAUGGUAGUAUGGAGUUUGGAAUGCAGUACUUGACUUUAUUCUCAAAAAAAAGGUCAAAGAGAAGAAGUCAAAGUUCAAAAUAUAGUCAGAAAUCGGACUUUAAACAGACCUCAAAUGUUUCACAUUGCCCUAAUCCUCUUCAGUACCAAAAUGACAUCAGGGUUGCACAAACAGUUACAAAAUCUGAUGCCAUCAACGUCACAAAAUAGUGUGCAUGGCAGGGCUAUUGUAUUGGGCUGUAUUAUAUUGAGAACUAUUCCUGUUAUUUUGUCCAUAUACUCUGGAAGAGCAGGGAGGUUGAUGAGCUAAUAAUCACUUUUAAUGAACAUUUUAACAAAAAACAAACGUGCUCAAACCAACAGUCAUGUAAUAAUCAAAGAAACUAGAGUUUGUUUUGAUUACCUUUUAAUAGCUUUAUCUCAGUGUUACCUGUCCCUACACAUUGUGUCAUAAGUGCAGUGCCAUGAGUGUCAGUUCAGGUUGUGAUAACUGCUGACAUGUUGCAGCUCUUCCUCAUUUAAAUCAAAUGAGUAAGUAAGUGAGCGUUGCCGUUUGAAGGCUGGCUUCCUGAAUGUGUAAUGAUCUGUUUCACUUGCAUCGAGCAACAGCUCCUCACACUGCUGGGUGUUAUAAAGUGACUUUGAGUUAAGUGGAUUCUCCAACACGGAUUAUUUUUAAGCGCCGCCAAGAUGACAUUACAAUUUAAAGAUGCCUUUUGGGUGAGUUAGUGUUAUGCUACUAAUUCCUAAACAUUGUUUUUGUACGAUGUUCAUGUUGAUAGGUAAAGCUGAAAAUUGAGCUGUGCAUUCAGUGUUGUAUUUAGUUUAACUGGAGUUAAGAUGUUAUGUGUAUCUUCCCACCUCUACUUUAUGUUGUAUUUUGUCUCGAAAUACUUACCAUACACUAGUGAUGUAUGUAGUUAUCUGUAGUUAUCUCUGACUACACUAAGCUAAAUAUUUUACCUUGCUGUCCUAUGUAUGUCUUCUUUCUUGUCAUUGUUUUUUGCUUUUUCUCACUUUAAAACUCAUUGAAUAUGUACUGACUUGCUUCUUUGAGUAAAACGUGAACAAUG